CCAGUAUAUUUUGUCUGAUUCACUCCUUGCUUGUCUAGAGGAAGAGUUCGGUGGGGAAGAUAGUUCCUACCCGGCAAACUACAAUCAGUGUAACAGCGAUGUUGCACAAAUGCAAGUUGAGCAGCAAUUUAAGGACCCUACAAAUUGUAUGAAAGAUGGCUCAUCAGUUUCCAUGGAUUUGCCAUACAACAAGAACAUUGACAAUGGAUUGGUUGAUGUCUGUGCACAAGCUUCUGCUAGGCAUGGUCCAGUAGUUUCUAGUAUUGGAGAGUGUUUACCAAAUGUCUUUCAGGCUCCAGUUCAUUCUGAUGAACAUGAACAUAAUGAUACUGGAAAGUGGAGUAAGUUUCCUGUGUGUUCAACUUUGAUUGUGCCAACUCCAAGCGAGACAGAAUCAUCUUUGUUGCUCAUGAGGGAUGAACAACAUCAUACUGAAGUCCCAGCUGUUAAUCAGAAGGAAAAUAGGUUCUAUGAUGUAAAUGAUAAAUGUAGAAAAUUUGAUGAUCCUCUUGCAAAGAGUAUGAUUAGUUGCAAUUCUGAUGCUGCUGAAUUUGUUGACAAAUUUGUUGCUUUUGAGUCAUCAGGCAAAGGCAAGUAUUCUAAUGAUGGGUCAAAAAGAGUAAACACCAUUGCAGCGUGGCCUGUUGGUGAUAGAACUACAGCAGGUAAAGGAAACCCACUUGGCAAAGUGCAAGAAUGUCAAGUUCAAUGUAGAAAUGGCAAUGAGUUUGGGUUUCAAGCUACUGCUGUCCAUGCCUCUGGUAACUAUGGAUUUGCUGGAACAUCUGAAGGUCUGAUGUAUACUUGGGAAUUGUCUUCUGGGAGGAAACUUACUGGUACACAAUGUAUCAACGUGUAA